AUGACAACUACAAGGAGCAGAACAAUACCAAAGGUCAAAACUGUGACAACUGAAAAGCCUUUGGAAACAACAACUAAGCCAAAACGGACAUAUAAGAGAAAAGCUGCUGUGAAAGAAGAAGGGGCCCAAGGGACAACCAAAAGAAAAAAAACGCUCAAGACAGAUACACCUGAAGCUCAUAUCAAGACAGAAGGCGUUCAAGUCAAAAAAGAGAACGAAUUAAAUGAAGCUAUUCCUGAGUCUACAGCAGAAGACACUCCAAGAAAGAAGACAACAAAAGCCAAAAGAAUCCUACCCAAGACCGAAACUCCUGCUAAGUCUAAAAGUGAGACUAAAGCCAAAACAAAAGCCAAAGCACCAAUUGAAAAAAAGAAGAAGAAGGAAAAGUUUACAUUGCCUCCUGAAGCAGAAUGUCUUAGUAGUAACUUACGUGGACGCGUGAUUAGAGCUAUGAAUCAGCGUAUGUUUAUCCUUUCUCGCAAGGUAAAUGAGUCAGACUCAUCCACCGAAAGCUUUGAUGUCGCGGGAAGCGUUGGCAAUGUUUACACUGUCAAUAUUGCUAGCAGGAUCAGCUGCACAUGCAUGGAUCAUUCAAUAAGAAGAUCUUAUUGCAAACACAUUCUAAUGAUAUUGGUCAAAGUAUACCGCCUUCCAUUUAUUGAUCUUAUGUUCAAGUCUCUAAGCACAAAGCCAGAUCAAAGAAUUCAAGCACGCCAACAUUCAAGUAUAAUUGACCCAUCUGUACUUGUUUCUGAAGAAAUUCAAAAGAAAGUUAUGGGCAUUUACUAUCAUAAUCAUGAACCUGAAUCUUCUGAAACUAAGAGCGAACGUCGUCCACUUGAUAACAAUGACUGUCCUAUUUGCUUUGAAGAAUUUGAAGAGGAAAAGAUCAACGAGACUGAUUAUUGUAAAGUGUGUGGCAAUAAUAUUCACAAGGAAUGUUUCCAAAUGUGGGCAGCUUCAAAGGGCAGAAAUGUCACUUGUGUCUAUUGUCGAUCCAACUGGAAUCCAACUUCAGAGUCUUCAAAGACCGGCAAAAAGAGUGCCUAUGAACUCGAUUAUGCUCAUGUAAAUGAAGGCUAUUAUGCUAAUUUCGCAAAGGAGUUAGGUCUGGAGAAGAAAAGAGAUAAUUCAACUUAUGGAAUCAAAUGA